GAAAUAUGUUGUGCCACAGGUUUAUGGGUGACGCCACGUCUGAAAUCGAGGAGUAAUUCGACGACAAAGCUGCACUGCGCGUAAACUUUCUUUUCGUGCAGUGAGACGAAGCCCUGGCGAAACAACUCUGCCGCAGUCAUUCAUGAGCAUCGCAGAGACCAUGCAUUGCCUACGCCCUGAAAUUCCACAUUACCCGACAUCCUCCGGACUGGCCCUCGGCCCAGGCGCACGAUCGCAAUCCCGAAUCGGACUACCGGGACCAGAAACAUGAGAGAGAACGUGGGGCGAUGCGUGUGUAGCCGGUGGCUCUACACACCGGGCAAGCCCGAUAGUGUGGGCCUACGAGUCGGAAUCAUCGAGCGGCAACACAAACCAAAAUAACUCCGCGACUUUGUAUUCUGUCGACGAUCCGGACCGUGCAUGAACCAAAGGAAGCAACGGAUACAUCCUUUUCUCUAAUCUUCCACACCCUUUUUCCGGAUGAGCGUGUUUU